AUGGAUUCCAACAGAAAUAGGGCGAAUUCACAGCAGCUGCGAUCCGGCCCAAGAGCCCUGUUAAUACUUGUUAACCACUGUCACACGACAGCUUUCUCGGCUGGCCGGUUGUGGUAUGAGAGACGCCCCUUUCAGCUCAGCCCCUCAAUUUGCAAUGACCGAAUCGUGUUUAAGCUGGUCCAUGCAGCUGCUACCUUGCCAAUUUGUGACAUUAUUUCCUCCUGGACUUUCCAUUGGCGUGCAUGUUACAGCCAAGGUCCCCCGAGUCCCCGGUGGCAUCGGACAGCGCUGUGGGUCGGAUGGAUUGGGAACGUUGUCCUGGUGAUUGCUGUGAUAGCGCUGGGGAUUUGGGUUUCCCACUUGAUGUCCGAGAAGGGACGGACCCCAGCAGCCCCUGGGAGCGACGGAGCCGGGUGCAGAGAUACAGCGAUACCCCCUGGGAGCGAAGGAGCCGGGCGCAGAGAUACAGCGACACCCCCUGGGAGCGCAGACCCCAGCACGGCAGAAUGCAGCUCCUGCCUGGAGCGUUUCCGAUCCCAGCUGUGCCACCCGGCCCAGCCCAGCCCAGCAGGGGGCUCCAGGUGCAAACUCUGCCCCACGGACUGGCAGCUGCACGGGGACAAGUGCUACUGGGUCGGCAGCGGAAGUAAAACUUGGAGCGAGAGCCGCUCCAACUGCUCAGUGGUGGGCUCCCAGCUGCUGGUGAUCCGGGACAAGGAGGAGCUGGCGUCCCUCCAGGCCCUGACACGAGGCACGUAUCAGUUCUGGGUCGGACUGUCCCGCCCCUCCCCGGAGAAGGCCUGGACCUGGCUGGACGGCUCCCCGCUGGAUCAGACCCUGCUCCCGGUGUCAGGCCGGACUGAGGGGAACAGCUGUGGGUUGGUGAACGGGAAUCGGCUUCAUUCUGACACCUGCAGCUCUGGAUUGCAGUGGAUGUGCCAGCGAGAGGCCGUCCCGCUCUGAGCAGGGUACGGGGGAGACCUCAGAGCGCGGCACCAUUAGCCCCAUGUCACACGUGGGGAAACCGAGCGGCAGACACUGACCUGCCCAAAUUACACCGAGAAUUGGUGGCAAAGUGGGAAAUGGAACCCAGGAGUCCUGGCUCCCAGCCCCUCCCCCUCGCCCAGCGCUGGGAAUAGAAACCAGGAGUCCUGGCUCCCAGCCCCUCCCCCUCGCCCAGCGCUGGGAAUAGAACCCAGGAGUCCUGGCUCCCAGCCCCUCCCCCUCGCCCAGUGCUGGGAAUAGAACCCAGGAGUCCUGGCUCCCAGCCCCUCCACCUCGCCCAGCACCGGGAAUGGAACCCAGGAGUCCUGGCUCCCUGCCCCUCCCCCUCGCCCAGCGCUGGGAAUAGAACCCAGGAGUCCUGGCUCCCAGCCCCUCCCCCUCACCCAGCGCUGGGAAUAGAACCCAGGAGUCCUGGCUCCCAGCCCCUCCCCCUCGCCCAGCGCUGGGAAUAGAACCCAGGAGUCCUGGCUCCCAAUGCUACCUCAGCCUAGAGAAGAGCAAUUCCAAACUCUGGCUUUGCGUAUUCCAGCAGGGGCUGGAGAGCGCUGCGGGGGCAGGGCUUGGGCUGUAGGUGUCAGGCUCUGCAGAGCCCUGGGGCAAUUUAUCCCUCACCCCCCCAGGACAGGGAGAGAAGAGUCUGCCCCAGGUCACGUAAAUCAGCCCCGAUUCGGUGUCCAGUGGAGCAGAACUGAUUGACCCCAGCUGGGGAUCUGGGCUUUCCCCUGGAUUUCACCCGGUUCAUUUCCUUUCACCUCUCUGCCAGGUUCCGCUCUUCGCUCUCUUCCCCAACGCACCCACUGCUCCCGUCCAGCCUGUGACCUGACGCAUUUCUGCCCAUCCUGCCCUAGCGGAUCGUUAACUCCUGUCACUAACGAUGGGGUCUCAGCUUCAGAGGUUUCUGUGUGGAUGUGCUGUCCACUUGCUACCUCCUUAGAGCACCUUUAAGUAGAUCAGUGCCCCCAAUCCCGAUCCCAAAUGGAAGCUUUCCCUGUGCAUUAUUUGACGCUCUCCGGGGUCACUGUCUCUGUCAGAGGAGCCGGGUUGGGGUGCUCCAUGGCAGUGAUGGGGGCACUAUGGGGACGGCUGGAGUCUAAUGAAUGCCCUGUGACCCUGUGCCCGGCAGCCCAGGAAGAGAUGGCCUGGCAAAGCUGGAGGGCAGGGCGGCUGGCUAGGCUGAGAGGUGACCUUCCAAACAGACCCAGGUGUCUUUAGGAGCCGCCCCCGAGAAAACUGGGCUUGUGAGUGCAACAGGACAGAGCUUGUCCAGUCCCCGGAAGAGACAGGGCGGGUGAGCGCUGGCCCGUUCAGGGUUUGGUCAUGGGGCUGGACGAAGGCAACACGCUGAAGGUGCUGUCACACGAGGGAGACGGUGUGGCCUCCAACCAGAGCCCCAGCCUCUACCCUGCAGUUAAACCGCUCCUUCGCUCGAGCCCGAGUUAGGCGGCAUGAGCCAGGUGCAGGUGUCCAACUGCCGUGUAAACAUCGCCUCUGUGCUUCACUUUCCCCAUCUGUGAAAUGGGGAUAUUGCUAUUGACCUUCCUGCAUGACGCACUUUGAGAUCUACAGAUGCAAAGCUCGAGAUCGGAGCAAGGGAUCAUCAUGAUCAUGGGGACAUUAAAGGUUUCUGUUAAACCGUG